AUGACCCCCCCAUAUUCAAAACUCGUCGUCCAUCCUACUGAGGACAAGAGUGAAUACAGGCCCACCGCUCCAACCUUGGGCGGCAACUACAGGUCCUUCGCCUUCAGAAGAAAUCGCCGCCACCCCUUCGUGGACGGGAUAACGGAGACACCUUUACCCCAUAAGUGGAAAGCACCAACAGUUACCUACGACGGAACCACCGAUCCAGACGAAUUUGUGUCCAUUUAUACCAACCAAGUAAGCCUAUACUCCACUUCUGACGCGGUGCUAUGCAAAUCAUUCUCAGUAGCCCUCAGGGGGUCAGCUCUGGAAUGGUUCAUGAGCCUCCCCCCCUACACUAUCGACUCCUUCACCACGCUCACCACUACGUUCACCACCCAAUUUGAUACAAGUAGACGGCAUGAUCUAACCAUAAUCGCCUUCCUUAACCUUAGGCAAGAAGAAGGAGAACCCCUACGAGUUUUCAUUGAUAGGUUCGGGGCCAUCGCCAUGAAGAUCAAGGACCUCACCCCUAAUCUCAUCCUGAUGUACAUGAUGACCUCUCUCAGGACGGGACCCUUCGCCGACGAGCUGGCCAUGCGCCCCCCCCCCCUUUGUAUGCAGGAACUUUGCAAGAGAGCGGCCAUGUUUUUAAGGGUUGAAGACAUGAGACGUUACCAGAACAACGCCCAACCCGCCCCAGCGCGGACAGAAACCAAGAGGACCAACAAAGAGCCCAUCCCACGGGACCAUAACCGUCCCUCAGAACGUAGACCAGCAAAAUUCUCGAAUUACGCCCCCCUCAACGCACCCUGGUCCCGCAUACUCGAUGAAGUCCUACAAGCAGAACUCCUCCCCCACCCAGGAAGUAUCACAACCCGCCUAACGCAGAUUUGA